GUGCGCCUGCCGUUCGGCACGAGAGGUGAGUGAGAACUCAUCAAUGUGCGCCUACCGUUCGGCACGAGAGGUGAAUGAAAACUCAACAAUGUGCGCCUGCCAUUCGCUGGUGGAGUUGCGCUUCGAAAAAGGGCGAAAGCUGCAGCGUAUGAGAAUUUGAAACGUUUCGGGUUUUGACGGUUGGACUUCCCUGUGCAUGCGUGCCACGUGUCGGCAGGGCUGCGAAAGGUCGCGUCGUUUCGUAUCCCGAUGCGUCGCUUCGUUUUUCGAUGCUAGGUUUGUCCUAUAAAUGUGAGGGAGGGACUAUAGUUGGAAUACUUGGAAGUUUUUUAGAGCAAUCAGAGCUUGUGAGAGGCGAUUUUCGGCGACUGUGCAAAGGCGUUGUAGGCGAUUUCCGACGAAGGAUACGUGGCGGAGGCGAUUUCCGGCGACUAGCAACCACCGUGCAAACAAGGUAUGCUGCUGUGUUUUCCUUGAUGAUGAAUCAAAAUGUUGAAUUUGUUGCAUGAACAUGUAUGAAUGUAGAUGAACAUGAACUUUUAGGAUUUGGGAUGGGAGUUUGAUUCUAGCAUGGCAUUUAGUUUCCCUUCGUUUGUGUUUGUAGAUGUCAGAUACUGAAUCCGAGAGUAGGCGUAGUCCGAGGGCAUAGGUGGACGAAUCGUCCUCGGGGAGCUCCACCGAGGAGCGUGAGAGUGUCGAUUCUGGGAGCUCUUCGAGUGUUGAGGUGAUUGAAGUGGGUAAUGGUCCACCAUCGACUUCCGGUCGUGUGUUGGAAGCGACUGAGGCUGAUGUCUCGGUAGCUGCCCCUGGGGAGGGAGUGCUGAGCGUUGUCAAGGGCAGGCAGCGAGUGCCGAUGGCCAAGCCGAAGGGUCCAGUCUUCGGAGUAGACCAUCUAGAGCCGAAUGCGCUGACCGUGGCUGAGCUAGCCAAGAUUCGGGCUCUGUACAACAUACCGGAUUUUGUGGUGAUGCAGAUUCCGGGGCCGUUGGAGUCCUUGAGCAAUCCAGAGACUGAGGUUUGUUUCUUCACCGAUGUCUUCAAGCACGGGCUUCGGCUGCCGUUGAGGCAUUCGGUGCAGAAGAUCUUGGCUCAGAUUGGUUAUGCGCCAGGGCAGUUUAAUCCGAACUUCUGGAUUACGCUGCUUGGGACGAUUACAGCCUUCGGCAUAGCUGGUGAGGGCGAGCCGAGCUAUGAGCAGUUCGUUAAUUUGUACAACGUGAUGAGGGCGAAGAGUGCUGACCAGGGAGGGUGGGUACAAUCGAACUGCUUGGCGGCCAGUCAGAAGGGGCAUUUUGUAGUUGAGGUGUCGAGCUCCAAGAAGACCUGGCAUAAGCGUUGGGUGUUGGUGUCCGGAGCUUGGGAAUCAGCACCAGGGGUUGUAGUUGAGAGGCACAUUCCCACCACGUUUCAAACAGUUGUGUCCUUGAAAUGGCCUAUUGCGCCGAAGAGAGACGUUGAGGCGAUUGAGCGCGUGCGGGAGAAGAUUGCCAAAGGUGAUCGCUUUUGGAAGGACCUGCUAGACUUCGGUAAUCUACAUAAGGCAGGCUUGAUCACUGGAGCCGAGCACACUCGAAGGGAGAAGGAGAAACACGAGGAAGAGGAGAGAAAAAAGAUGGCAGGAGGAAGGCCGAUGAAUGAGGCGACGAGGAGGCGGCUGGAGUCUCGUGCGCCUGAGCAGAAGAAGAAGAAGGGUGGAUCUUCUGGAUCGAAGACGAAGCCUCCCUGUUCGGCCAGAGGAGCUUAGGGGGAUGAUGUGACCGUAGCCGAUCGUCGCAGGGGGAAGAGGGCGGUGGAGGCCGAUGUUGUUCGUGAGGUCCACCUGCAGGUGACAGGGAAGAGGCUGAUCGAUGGUGCCCUCGAUGUGACGCCUUUGCCCAAGAAACCAAGGGGGCCGGAUAAGGGUACAGCCACUCUGAUCACUGGCGAUGAGGAAGGGCCGGAUGCCGAGCCAGUUAACUUUGCCGUUCCACGAAAGGACGUGCCGUUCGUGAACUGUAUGAUCGAUGGGGCACAGAUGGAGCUCACGGAGCUGGAGCAGCUGUCGGUCGAGCUUUCCGGCUUCAGGCUGCGGCUGAUAUGGAGAUGUGGAUUUGAAUGAAGCGAGCCGUAAACAAUGCCGAACGGUACCAGAAGAAGUUCGAGGAAAGCUGAGCCAAAAUUGCCGAAGCCGGGAAGCUUAUCCACGAUGCCGAGGAAAAUGCGGCGAAGAUCGCCGAGCUCUCGUCGAAGCUGGCUGCUGCUGAAUUGGCGGUGCUGGAGGCCCAAGAGGCUAAGGCAGCGGUGGAGGUGGCAAUGGACGCGGCAAAGUGGUCAUGGGCAAAGGAGGUGGAGGAGGCUAAGGCGAAAGCCUUGGCAGACUACCGAUCUUUGGAAGAGUUCACGGUGCUGGUGGACAAGGAAGUCAUGGAACAGUGUGACGACCUCGUCUACCGUUUCAAGCGGUACAAUGCGGAUAAGAGGCUGAACCUGAACUUCCUCCGGGAUCCACCUCCAUUGCCUGAGGGUGUCACCGAGGAGAUGGUGGAGGCCUAUAAGGGAGAAGAUGCCGAUGUUGAUUCUGCCGAUGAGACCGACUCCAGCAGUGAGGAGGAAGAGGGCCAUCCUGUACCGACUUCUGCCAGCGUUCCUGCCGCCGCUACGCCAACUAGUGCUGAACCUGCGAACGCCAAAGCCGGUGCCAUGGCAACUGAUGCCGAACCUCCCGUUGCUUAGAAACCGGUUUAUUUUGAUUUCUUUUGUUUCUGUGUAAAUAUUUGGACCAUGCCGAAUGUCGAUUUUUGCUAAGACAUACAGCCCUUUUGUGGCUUUUUAUCCAAGUUUGUUUUUAUUCGGUUAUCUGUUGAA